AUGUCUGGUGACGGAACCUCAACCCCCGGGGUUGGUGGCAGCAAUGCCAGCGAGUUUGUUCGCAAGCUUUAUCGGAUGCUCGAAGAUCCAGCGCAUCAGGACGUUGCAAGAUGGGGAAAAGAUGGCGAUACGUUCGUCGUUGUUGAGAACGAAAAAUUCACACGCUCAAUCUUGCCUAAGCACUUCAAGCACAGCAACAUGGCUAGUUUUGUCCGACAAUUGAACAAGUACGAUUUCCAUAAAGUGCGACAAACAAAUGACAGUGGAUCUGCGGCCAAUGGUGCCAAUACUCUCGAGUUCAAGCAUCCCAAUUUCAGGGUGGGCAGCAAGGAUGAUCUCGAUAACAUUCGUCGAAAGGCCCCAGCACCAAGGAGGACACAAGCCACAGAGGACUUCACAACCAGCCAUCACAUCAGUGUCAUGACUGAACAACUGACAGCUACCCAGCAGCAAGUUCAACAGCUUCAGGAGCUCUUCACUGAAGUGUCUCAGACCAACCGACUUCUUGUGAAUGAGGUUCUGACUUUGCAAAAAAUGCUCAAUGCGCAAAAGCAAUCGCAGCACGAAAUGCUUAAUUUCCUCUCACCUUCAGGCAACCGUCAUCAACAGGGCAUGCACCUCAAUGUCGGGACAUCUCCUCUGGAUAGUAGUGACGAUUCGGCACCAGAACUGCGACGGGCUCGUGAGCUUCUGUCUAGCGUGACACCUGAUCAAAUUGCCGACCGAGAGCUGGAACGUCUUCAGGGCGUAUAUGGAUCUCCGGCAGACUCCGCAGUCGUCAUCCCACAAGCCUCAAUGCCAAUGAUGCAUGAUCCAAUGAACGACAUCAACCGCUACCCCGUGUACCCGGUGGGUCAAACCGUCGGCAUCGAUCCUUUCCACUCAGAUCACAUCCACAAAAUCCCUUAUGCGAUGCCGAAUGAGUCCAGCGCCAACGCCAUGCAGGAGGUCCCUGCUCCCCAGCCCAUCAACAUCCAAACACACGCAAACUCUAACUCGUCGACCAACUCGGCCCUCACUUGGGCGUCACGAAAACCCAGGAUUUUCCUUGUUGAAGAUGACCCGACUUGUGCUAAGAUUGGUAUCAAGUUUCUCAAGUCGAUGGGCUGUGAAGUCGAGCAUGCUCAAAACGGAGCAGACGCAUAUAGCCGUAUUACUAGUGUUGCCCGUGAUCAUUUCGACAUGAUCUUCAUGGACAUCAUAAUGCCCAAACUGGAUGGUGUCUCGACAACCAUGUAUAUUCGGCAAGACUGCCCUGCCAUCCCCAUUGUUGCUAUGACGUCGAAUAUCCGAUCUGACGAGGUCCACUGCUAUUUUGAACACGGUAUGAAUGGAGUUCUGGCCAAGCCAUUCACCAAGAGUGGAAUGCAGAAGAUUGUCGAAAAUCACUUGAGCUAUCUUCUUAAGGGUUAUGACCCUUCGACUCAACAAGAAUCAGGCUCAGGUUAUGUAGUCGGUGGCGCAGGUUACAUGAACCCGCCGAGCAACUUGAACACUCCCGGCGGAACGAAUUUCAAGUUCGAGACAACGCCCACGCCGCCAGCGACUGGUGCCACUUGGUCCCCGGGACAGAUGCCGCAGCAGUCUCCCAUGGCCGCAGGGAUGGAUCAAGGCUACGGCAUGGUAAAUGGCGCAAACCAGUACGGCCUGACGCCCACCAGUGCGAGCCGAGCUAGUUUCCCAACAAGCAUCUCACAAAGCAGCCAAGGGCGAAUGGAUGGCCAAAGCCCACCAGAAAAGCGCCAGCGGACCUACGUCUGA